ACGGAAGAAAAUACAAUAACCGCUUGUGUUUGCUGGAUCCUGCAGUAAACACCGAGUCUGCAGGGUUCAAGGAUCGCCGCUUUGGACAGCCGAGUGCUCGAGGUUUAGUCUGCAGUAGGAAGUGUCCGCUGUGUAUUCUGGACCUCAUCGUUAUUGUGCGCUUUUACCAGCACAGUGUGAAGUUUAGCUAGACUCUGAUUUGUAAAAUGAAGAGCUCGACCCCUCUUUUUAUUACCUUACUCACUGUCAGUGUUAUUUUUAUGCACGGGAGGUGUGAUGAGGAGGUCAGGAGACCGCGGAGAUUAGCUCAGAUUUUAGGAUUUUCCUGGGAGAACUGUGGAAAGCCUGAUGAUCCAGCUGUUUUGAAGGCUCUUAAACUGUCUCCAGACCCGAUUACUAUUCCGGGAGAUUUGACUGCGAGCGCAUCGGGCAGCACGUCAGUGGUGCUGGUCUCUCCUCUGUCUGUGAAUGUGACGCUGGAGAAGGAGGUGGCUGGAAUCUGGGUCAAGAUACCGUGUGUCGAGGAGAUGGGGAGUUGCCACUACCCGGAUGGCUGUGACAUAUUGAACCAGCUCAUUCCUCCUGGCCAGGACUGCCCUGAGCCCCUGCACACAUAUGGCCUCCCCUGCCACUGCCCCUUCAAAGCAGGGGACUACAGUCUGCCUCAGUCUGAUUUCUAUGUGCCACAUAUAGACCUGCCCUUCUGGCUGACCAACGGUAACUACCGCGUGCAGGGGGUUCUGGGAAGUGCGGGUAAAGAGCUGGGGUGCCUCAAAGUCAGCCUGACCAUACACUCAGGAUAAUUACCAAAUCAGGGAGACGGUUUGGAAAACUUUAAAGCAGGACAUCUGCAUUCUGUUCCAUGGUGACACAUGGCUAUUUAAAGACAGGCAGUCAUGAGAAGCUUGCACAUCCUAAUAGCUGAUCCUUUUUUAAAUUCCGUACAGACAGAAAAUGGUACCUGGUGAUUUCAACUACUGUUAUUCUUUUGUCAUUUGAUCAGGUGAUAUGAUAGAUAAUCAAAACACUGAUUAGGUCAUAGAAAUAAUGCAUCACUGCACUAUUGAUCUGAGAUGAUUAGUGAUUAAUGUAUGUGCAUUUUUCAAGACUCAACAAGGCCUUUUAGGAUAAGUAUUGAUUUUAUUAUGUCACUUUAAACAAGAAAUCAAUCAUUUUUAGCAUUCAUGAUUUUAGUUUUUAAGCUGUUAAAGUAAUAGAUUGUUUUAGGUACACUUUUUUAAUGUGAAUGUUUACUGUAACCCAGAAACAAAGGGAGAACAGUGACUGCCUUGAGGGUUUUUUUUUUCUUGGGUGUGGGAGAUCUUAUGAUGGCAAAUAAUUUUGUUUUUGUACUCUGAUUUAUGUGUUGUUUUUCUCUAAAAGCUGCUGUAGGCUUAACGUUUCAUAAACAUAAGCUCUUUUAAAUAAAAAUGUUCAACUUACAGUGAUUAUCAAUAAAAAAAUUAAAUAAAUUGCUUUUUAAGAUGUUAGAUUUGUUAUAUUUUAUACCAGCAGUGUUUUGUCACUGUAUUACGUCUAGAAUACUUGCUAUAUGUCUUUAAUCUUUAAUUUAUCAAAAGCUUCAGUAAAAUUAACUUCAAGUAACAUU